GAAAAAUAGGAAAGCUUUUCCUGAUCUUGAUUCCUGGAGCAAACAUAUCCUAAAUUCGCAUCACAAAACCCUAAUUUCAGAUCUCAAUUGUGAUAUAAUUAGUUUUUGCAGAGGCUCCUCAUUGCUCACAAAUCCUCUGCAUUGUGCGUGUACAAGUUUGCAUGUCUAAUUAUAUGAAUUUGGAAUAUGCGUACACGUACAUAAUUCACAUUAUGCAGUUUUAGAUUACUUCUGACAUAUACAUGCAUCAUCAUAUUACCUUAUAUUUUUGUUGUUGCCAAUUCUUUUUCGUUAAUGUAAGUUUAUAUUGUGUAUAGCUUGGAAACAGUAAAACAUUAUGGCCGGCCCUGAUGAUCCAAAGAAAUCUGAAUGGAUAGAUAGAAUAAAAUCUGAAGGAUCCAUUCCACUCCUUGAUCCAGAUAACUGUUCAAAUGGUUGGGCUUCACCUCCUGGAGCUGCAUUCAAGAUUAGAGGUCCUGAGUAUUUAACAACAAAGGCUAAGAUUCCUGCUGGUGAUUAUCUGCUCAAGCCUCUUGGAUUUGAUUGGAUUAAAAGUUCAGUGAAAAUGGGUGAGAUAUUGAAGCAUUCGAAUAGCCGGGUUAGGAAGGUCAUUGAUAAUGAGUUUCCAGCUGGUGAUAAACCUUUUGUCUGGGCAUUCAAUAUUCAACUCCCAACCAAGGAUAACUACAGUGCGGUGGCAUAUUUUACAAACAAAGAGCCUAUUGCUGAGGGGUCACUAAUGGACAAGUUCUUGAAAGGUGAUGAUGCUUUCAGAAACUCAAGGCUUAAGAUGAUUGCCAACAUUGUCAAUGGUCCUUGGAUUGUGAGAAAAGCAGUUGGAGAGCAAGCGAUAUGCAUAAUUGGGCGUGCCCUUUUCUGUAAAUACUGUGUGGCAGAGAAUUUCAUAGAAGUAGAUAUUGAUAUUGGAUCUUCCAUGGUGGCAACUGCUAUAGUUCAUUUGGCAUUUGGUUAUGUGACAACUUUGACUGUUGAUCUGGCUUUCCUUAUUGAGAGCCAAACUGAGUCAGAGCUUCCAGAAAAACUCUUAGGUGCAUUCAGAUUUUCUAACCUCAAUCCUGCUUCAGCUAGACAAAUUGACCCAUCAUCUGUUUUGAGCACUGGUGGUUUACAAAAAUCCUUAUCUAAAAGAUUGUGGAAGUCAAUAGGGCAGAUUCUUCUUCCUGGUUCUAAAGAGGAUGACUCCACUUCUGGUUCACAAAAUACUAAAAUUGUAGAUCACAAAAACAGUUCGACUGACUUCAAGAAAUGAUAUACAGGAGGAAUUGAAGGGAACGGAAAGUCCAUUUCAGGUUGUUAUUCUUUUAACAAUUCAUUUCAACGGUAGAGCUAAAGGCAUUCUUCACAAGACUUAAUGCCCGUGACUACUAAAAUUUAGAAUGGCCUUAUUUUUUUUUUUAUACCUGGUUAUUAACUUAUUAUUUAUAUCUUUUAUACUAAUUUGUUUUUGCGGAUUUUACAUAUGUAUAGUUGACAAAUUAAAAUUUAUAUGCAAACGCAAAUGGCGAUACAUGCUGUUAUCUGGUUAUUCCUUGUUUAUUGAAAUUUAGAUUUCCUAAAGUAUUUUAGCUA